CGGAGACAUCUCGAAGUUCAGACCUUGGUCAUAAUUAUUCAUCAGCCGAGCUCCAUCUGUAGUCCCACCACCAGCUUCCAACGCCCACCCUGCCUCUUACAUACAACCACCACUCCACCUCUGCCUCUUCUGCCUGCCUCCGCAUACAACCACAGUCGUGCGCGGUGCAGCAGAAAGUCCACUCGCGGAGCCAUGACCAUGAUGCAAAGGUUCGCCUCCAGAGCUCCCCGGCGCCUGCUGCUCUCCGCCACCAAGGCCCGAAUCGCCUCACCCCGAGCGCCGUUGCUCGCCCUCUCCGUCCGCGCCCUCUCCACCUCCGCCGUGCGCGCCAUGCCCACGCCAAUUCAACCCGCCGAUGCCUUCCAGCUCCUCCCCGAGGCGCAGAAGCCUGGCGUCGCCGAAGACGCCCUGUACGAGGCCAGCGUCAACGAGAUCGAGGCGUGGUGGGCUUCGCCGCGAUAUGAGGGUAUCAAGCGCCCCUACAGCGCCGCCGACGUCGCCAGCAAGCGCGGCUCGCAGAAGACGCAGUAUCCCAGCUCCGUCAUGGCCACCAAGUUCUUCAACCUCAUCCGUGAGCGCGAGGCCAACGGCGAGCCCAUCCACACCAUGGGCGCCAUCGAUCCCGUCCAGAUGACCCAGCAGGCCCCUCACCAGGAGGUCCUCUACAUUUCCGGCUGGGCCUGCUCCUCGCUGCUCACCAGCACCAACGAGGUCUCCCCCGACUUUGGCGACUACCCCUACAACACCGUCCCCAACCAGGUGCAGCGCCUGUCCAAGGCCCAGUCCAUGCACGACCGCAAGCAGUGGGACCUGCGCCGCAAGAUGACGCCCGAGAAGCGCGCCGAAACUCCCUACGUCGACUACCUACGCCCCAUCAUCGCCGACGGAGACACUGGCCACGGCGGCCUUUCGGCCGUCCUUAAGCUCGCCAAGCUCUUUGCCGAGAACGGCGCCGCGGCCGUCCACUUCGAGGACCAGCUCCACGGCGGCAAGAAGUGCGGCCAUCUCGCUGGCAAGGUGCUCGUGCCCGUCGGCGAGCACAUCAACCGCCUCGUGGCCGCCCGCUUCCAGUGGGACGUCAUGGGCUGCGAGAACCUCGUCAUCGCCCGCACCGACUCCGAGUCCGGCAAGCUGCUGUCCUCGGCCAUCGACGUGCGCGACCACGAGUUCAUCCUGGGCGUCUCAGACUCCACCAUCGAGCCCCUCGCCGAGACCAUCCAGGCCAUGGAGGCCAAGGGCGCCGUCGGCAGCGAGAUUGACGCCUUCGAGGCCAACUGGGUCAAGAGCACCAACCUCGUCACCUUUGACGAAGCCGCCGUCGCACACAUGCAGAGCGAGGGCGUCGCCCAGUCACAGAUCGACGAGUACCUCGCCGCCACGGCCAAGGACCGCGACAUGGGCAUCUCCCGCCGCCGCGCCCUUGCAUCGCAGUACACCAAGACGCCCGUCUACUUCAGCUGGGAUGUCCCGCGCACGCGCGAGGGCUUCUACCACUACCGAGCCGGCAUGGACGCCGCUACAAAGCGCGCCCUCGCCUUUGGCCCCUACGCCGACCUGCUGUGGGUCGAGACGGGCGACCCCAACGUCGAGGUGGCCACCAAGCUGGGCCGCGAGGUCCGCAGCGUGUUCCCCGGAAAGGGCCUCGUCUACAACCUGUCGCCGUCGUUCAACUGGAUGGCGCACGGCUUCACCGACGAGACGCUCAAGUCGUUCAUCUGGGACAUUGCCCGUGAGGGUUUCGUCCUGCAGCUCAUCUCCCUGGCGGGCCUGCAUUCCAACGCGACCAUCACCACCGAGCUAGCGCGCGACUUCAAGACGGAGGGCAUGAAGGCCUACGUCGACCUCGUGCAACGUCGCGAAAAGGACCUCAAGUGCGACGUCCUGACGCACCAGGCAUGGAGCGGUGCCAGCUACAUCGACGGCAUCCUGGGCGCCAUUCAGAGUGGCAGCUCCAGCAGCAAGAGCAUGGGUGAGGGUAACACUGAGGGACAGUUUCAUUAGAGCUAGUUGCAUGUGAAAAUGAAAUGAAUGAGAUGGAAAUGCAUGGGCUGGAGUUUGGGG